CUUCCCGUCCGCCCGAGGGGAGCGAGCGGCGCCGAGCCGCAGCCUCUCUUAGAGGAGACGUUGGCGGGGCGCGAGCGCUGAGGCACGCGAGCUGCUUCCUCCUCCUCCUCCUCCCUAAGAUGGCGGCAGACUCCAUGGAGCAGUUCUGCGUGGCCGAGGAGCGGAGCGGUCACUGCGCCGUGGUGGACGGCAACUUUCUCUACGUGUGGGGGGGAUACGUGUCGAUUGAAGAAAAUGAAGUGUAUUUGCCUAAUGAUGAGCUCUGGAUCUAUGAAAUGGAUAGCGGGUUAUGGACGAUGCACCUGAUGGAAGGAGAGCUGCCUACCUCCAUGUCAGGAAGCUGUGGAGCGAGCAUUAAUGGGAAGCUGUACAUUUUUGGUGGAUUUGAUGAUAAAGGAUACAGUAAUCGGCUGUAUUAUGUUAAUUUGCGAACAAAAAAUGGAACCUAUAGGUGGAAAAAAAUCACCAAUUUUAAAGGUCAACCUCCUACACCACGUGACAAGCUCUCCUGCUGGGUGUACAAGGACAGGCUAAUAUAUUUUGGGGGCUAUGGCUGUAGGAAGCACAAUGAGCUGAGUGAUUGCUUUGAUGUCCAUGAUGCAUUUUGGGAAGGACAGAUUUUCUGGGGAUGGCAUAAUGAUGUUCAUGUUUUUGAUACAAACACACAAACUUGGUCUCAACCCGCAAUUAGAGGUGGAGAUCCACCUCAGCCUCGAGCAGCCCACACGUGUGCUGUACUGGGAAAUAAAGGAUACAUCUUUGGAGGACGAGUGCUGCAAACGAGGAUGAAUGAUUUGCACUGCCUGAAUUUAGACACUUGGACCUGGUCUGGAAGAAUUAGUAUCAGUGGGGAGAAACCAAAGGAUCGAUCAUGGCACACCCUGACUCCAAUAGGAGAUGACAGACUCUUUCUUUUUGGAGGACUGAGUUCUGAUAAUGUUCCUUUAAGUGAUGGCUGGAUUCACAGCAUCACAACAAAUGGAUGGAAACAACUUACUCAUCUGCCUAAGAGCAGGCCUAGACUGUGGCAUACAGCCUGCCUUGGAAAAGAAGGAGAGGUGAUGGUGUUUGGUGGAAGCAAAGAUGACUUGCACUUCAUGGACACGGGUCACUGCAGUGACUUGUUGAUAUUUCAGACACAACCUUACUCACUUCUCAGGUUGUGCCUUGACUGCAUUGGUAAAAACGCAGCCCUACUGAACAAUCAAAUCCCUUGUUUGCCAUCCAAACUUCUGCAGCAGGUGCUGAAGAAAAUAACCUUCUGGGCUGCAAUGAACCACCGGCAAGAGAAGAAAGCAGAGACGGAGCGGCAGUGCCAGCUGAGCAGCACAUGAGCAGUGGGCACACAGCUGCUGAACACUUUGGUUUCUUCACAGCGUACGGCCAAGUGUUUUGUUAGUGAACUUUCCUAAUGCUACAGAACAACAGUAUGUUCAGCUGAGUUUCUAAGUGAAGUUUGAGAACGAGGAAUUCCUUUUCAUGGAAAACGUUUUGUUUUCUGCGCCGUAGGAAAUUGGGAAAAUUUAAUUUGUAUGUAUUGUUAAUUUCUACUGUUGUGGUCUUAACGAGACAGCCCAUACAACUUGUUCCUCUGGAAGGUGAUGUGCCACCAAAUGCAGUUGACCAAAAUGUGGCUUAAGCCACAGAGCUUACCGCAGCCUUAUGGCACCAGCCUUCUGAAAAGCGAGUGGAGCACUGCCCUUGGGAGAGUCACACCUGGCAUAGCACCACCGAAUCCCACCGUUAGAUCAACCAAACUGGUAUCUGGCACCUGGCUGAAAGGCAGGGCUGAACACUGCACCGGGGGGUGGAAGCACAGCCUGAAGGGAGCCGCACCGAGAGGGGAGGGAGCGUUACAGCGCUUGUCAGCACCGAGUGCUUUGGGAAAUAGACUGUACGUUGUGUUGGAACGUGUAAAGUUUCUAUUUAAUUGUUGAAAAAACGUUUAUUUAUUGGUUAAAGAAGAGCAGAUGUAGUACUCGCUAUUUUUCUGUUUCAGAUACCUAGUUAACAGGAGCGCAGUCAUUAAAGUUUUAUAGAGAGUUG